CGUUUUCGUCUUUACCAGGCUUGGAUCCCUUGUCUUCCCAACCUUCCCGUCUUACUUCGUUCCACGUCUUGAUACAGACCGGUCAUCGCGUUGAGCACACCGAGAUAUCGUCGCCCUUUGCUCGAGGUGUCUUAUGUCUCUAGGCCGCUGGACAGGGCAACCCCUCGUCUGAAGUCAAGUCUUCGUGCAUUGUUUCAAUCAGUCGGGUGGCUAGUUUGUAUACUACCGCCGAUCAUCAACCAGCAACCAGCACGCACUCCGAGUGUGGUAGCUACAUUUGUCAAUCAUAGUACCCAAGUAGCAUAGUUCCUUAUCAUCAAACCCCUGACAAUUCCGCCCAAGAUGGACGGCUACCCGCACCACCGCCAGCACUCAGACACGAGGUCCUACCUCUCCUCGUCAAGUCGCUCCUCUUCAUCAUCAUCUGCCUCUUCCUACUCAGACGGCUCAUCCUACGGCUCACACGGCUCCCGAGGCUCCUAUUAUUCCUCCACCGGCAGCGUUUACCGCGCUGUCCCCAAACACGCCAACGCAGCGGUGAAAUUCUUUCUGCACGUCCAGCAGGGACCCUUCGCGGCUUUGGGCGCCAAAAGCCAUCGCCAUCAUGGGAAAUCUGGAAAGAAGCACCGGACCCCCCCUCCGUUUGUAUCAGGCGGUCCGGGGAACGGCCUCCGAGGCGGACCGCCACCUCCGCCUCCUCCUGGGCAUAUGCCCCCUAUGGGCAUGGGCAUGGGGCGGAUGCCUGGACCGCCACCAGGACCACCACCACCACCUCCUCGACCACCACCGGGGCAUUUUAUGGGAGGAGGCGGCGGUGGGGGUGAUCCGGGGUUCAUCCAGCUGAAUGGUGGAGGUGGAGGAGGACGGCCACCACCGCCCCCUCCACCACCUGGUUGGGGACACCCGCAGCCUCCUCAGGGCUGGCACCCGGGGAAUGUUGAAAUUGUGGAUGACUUUGAGGAUUAAAGGAUGUAGUAGGGCCGGUUGUAAUUCAGUACUGGUAUUGUUUCUGAUAUUUGCAUGGCGUUGAAUGUUUUCCCACUCUAUAAGAGAAAGGGGGAGGUACUUUGACUUAUUGGGGGUUCAACAUCUUAUAUGGAUGGAUGAACUGGAAUUGAAAACGGAACGAUCAUGAAAUACCCAAAUCAUUUGGGUUGAGUUAGGGCCUGUUCAGGACGACGGUGAUAAGAAGCUGUUGUCACUCGAGCUGUGUUGUUGGGAUACUGAUUGGCAUAUCCACAAAACGCAGUUCAUGUAUGAGAUAAUAUUGAGUGUACCUUUUCAUGACUUGAUUAUCUGAUCAACUUAGCUUUAUUUUCUCAAUCUUCCAUUGACGUUAUCAUGAGAGUCAAGUCAUACAUUGUAUUACUGAACCUGC